GAAGGAUUGAAAAGCGAAACGCGCGUGCGCAGAAUUUAUACGGUGGGAGGGCGUGAGAAUAAACCGGCAAUUGCCGUAGCUGUACGACUGCAGCCACCCGCAGGUCGGUGGCGGGGAACUCGACUUGUUCACGACCGCGGAGCUUUCAAGUAUCCUUCCAGACAUCGUGCUGCAAAGUCUCCAGCAUAAUUUUUGGGUUAAGCCCCUUGCUCUCCAACCAGUGACGCUGAGUGAUGCGUCUGUCCGAUGUUGACGAUGAUACUCUCAUCCUGCUCUUCAGCUUCAUGCCCGUGCGCUCUAUCCUCGCGAUGAGGCAGACCUGCAAGCACAUGCAGCUCAUCUCGCGCAUGCUCAUCGUCUGGCGCAACGCCUAUCUCACCCAGGUGCUCUCCGCCGGAUUUCCCUUCCCGCGCCAGCAACUCGCCACCAUGAACGCGGCAGAGCUAGAGCACGCCGUCUGCCGUGCGAUACGCAUCGGGGCGUUCUGGCGGUCGCCGGAGGCGCUGCCGAGGGAGGCGCUGGAGUUUCGCGCAAGCUUCGGGACGGGCGUCGAGGAGGUGCGGAUUCUGCCUGGGCAUGACGGCCGGCGGGUCGCAACGCUGUCGAAGGGCAUCUGGUCGGUCGUCGCUUGCUGGGAGAGCAUGGCUGUGGGAGGCGCGGCGUCGGUGAUGCGCGCGAAGUGGUCGCCCAAGGGCACAAUCAUCACAGGACUGGUGGCGAACUCGGAUGCAGAUUCGGAGGUGGCCAUCGCCGUAUCGACUCAUCAGCACGGGAGCGCGCAGCGCAUCGAAUUACUCGCGCUGGAGAAGGACGAUGAUUGCUUUCGGUCUAUUGGCACCAUCGACACUGCGAUGAGGCCCAUCGCGCUUCGGGGCGACCUGCUUGCGUACAGCGAUGAUUCCUGCAGGACGGUGAUCACGAACUGGAAGACGGACGAGCUGGCCCUGCUGCAAGGUGCCGAUGAGCCUGUCGACCAACACUUCCAGUAUAACAGAUGCCUGCAAGUGGUGUUCGCGCACAAAAGCAUCCUCGUGGUGCGCGCGCGCUCCAUCGAGCUCUUCCCGGAACCCGUCCUGCAACCGCCGGACGAAUGUCCGACGUACCGUCCGCUCGCAUUCCAUUCCUUCGGGUGGAUCGACGGAGUCAGUGUCAACGUGCAGAUGCAACGGCAGGGCUCGGAUGCUUCCAUCGCGCCUCUUUCGAUCCUUCUGCGCGCCGAGAGCGACGACCCGUGGUUGUCAGACGUGCACACGCUCGACCUGUACGUGCUCGAGCCCAACCCCGCAUACACAGAGGUCGAGGUCGACUCGUCACAAGAGGAGGCUCCAUCCUUCGGCACAAGUCCCAGCGGGGGCCGCACAUCCCACCCACCAGCACCCUACCUCUUCCCGCCGGUCCACUCCAGCCUGUCCUCGCCCUCCGUGCGCGGCUUCCUCCGGUGUACCGCCAUCGUCCUCGGGGCGUACGGCACCGCCCUGUGGAUCCAGCCGCGUCCCGCGCGCAGCGUCGACCUCACCGACCUGGACGUGCACCAGUCGGAGACAGCGAGGGACUGGCCGGCGGGCCAGGAGAAGGAGGUUAUUGCGGGCACGGUGUUCGCGGGGCCGCUGCGCGACGCGAUGUUCAGCGACCAUGCCAAUGGGGGAGAGGCCUCGGAGGGAGGGGAGGGCGUGGUGAGUGCGCGGACGGUGUUUGUGCGCCAGGCGGGGAGCGGGAGUGUGGGGAACUGGACAGCGAUGGACUAUGUGGAGGAGUUGGGUGUGGUCGCGUUGGCGUCGACGCAGGGCGUGGUCACUCUGCUGGAGCUUGGGUGAAUGUCACGAGUAGGCGAGAGAGUAAGGAAUAUAAUCUCGAGCCGAACCACCAUGAUAUAUUCACACUACCCUGCAUGUACUUUGCAUGUACUUGAAGUUGAACAAUAACAGCACUGCGUUCGGCGUCGUAGACGCCUGCAUCUGAUUGGCUGCCCAGCCUCGCGC